CACAUGCUCCUACCACACUGGAGUUUUGAGAGGCAGCUGAGCUGUAUCUUAUGCAUUUUCAUGACGCUUCCUGCAAGUUGAUAGAAUGGACUAAGCCUACCUCCUUCGUUAGGGAAUAUGCGCCACCACCGUGCACGCAAUCUAACCAAGAGAGCCGUGCAGCAGUGCGAAGAAGACUCUUUUGCCGUGACCGUCACCGGACAAUGUCCACUUGAGGCGGAGAACGCAGCGUGAAGAAGUACUGUUCCCAACGGGAGCAGCGACGGACGGCCUUCCUUCCAGAGAGCUCGGAGCAGGUGGUGGAUGUGCCGGAGUUGUACCUAACUUAUCCUCGUCAAUAUGUGGAGUAUCUAGACCAUUCAGAGAUCGCAAGUAUCUGCUACCGAGGCUACCAUCAGCGGUCCUGCGAGCACGAAUGUUGAUGGAGACACUGCGAGCAGUGCUGCUGCUCCCGAGGCCGCGACCGUAACCAGCAUUAUGAUCCGGGUCCUCACGAACCAUGGCUCUAAUCAGCCUGAGGUUAUGGAUCGCGAGAGGCGCGCGUCGGAGCUGGCGAAAGACAAAGCCAUUACCCAACUGCUCGCUGACCUUGCAGAGGCUCCGUCGCGACUGCGGGGUUCUUCCAUACGUUUUCUGAAAGAGCAUGCGACAAGCAUGAAGCAUCGUAGCCGCUAUCAGAGUGUAAUGACUUUCGUAGCGGAGUUAAAGAAGCGUGAGAGAGACAGGAUGGCCGAAAAUGACAGGUUCACGCGACAGAUUGUCGUGCUGAAUUGCGAAGUGGCCGCUGACGCCUUGGAUGAAGCCGAGAGUAAUCAGACCGAGCUGGACGAGGAGAACGAACGUCUUCGGGCGACGGUCAGGGAGUUGAGGCCUGCCUUGAAGACGGCGAAGGCUGGCAGGCCCGGUACUGUUAAGUAUGCAGCGCUGACAGCGGAGACUCGUAAACUGAAGGCCGUGGCUCAGAAGCGUGGCGAGUGGACCGGGCUGGAACGGCCAGAGAAGAGGCUCAUGGAAGAGUGCGGAAUCUGCGUAUCGAAACAACUGGAGGCAAAUCUCCAGGAGGGCGCGAAGUCGGCAGAUACAACGGUGGAGUGUGCAGCUUUUGUGCAGGAUAAUGAUGAACUGAGGGCUGAGUGGAUGAAGAGUCGAGCUGAAGUUGAGAAUGUAAGGACGGAAAUUGAAGGGACGGGGAUCGAGCUCAGGAAGAAGGAUGCCGAGCUCAAGAAGAACGAAACCGAGCUCAAGAAGAAGCACGCCGAGCUCAACAAGAGGGAUGCCGAGCUUGAGAAGACCAAGGCUGAGCUUGAGUCGUUGAAGAGGGGUCAGGAGAGGAAGGGACGGAGCGCGGCGCCGAAGACCAUGACUGACGGGACAAAGAGUACCGCCGUGAAGGAGAUGCAGACGGCGAUGGAUGAGUUGGACGAGAGAUCGCAGCAGGACGAAGCAGAGGACAAGAGACUGAAGUCGAAGUUGAGGAAGUUGAAGGGGCUUGUGCCAUGA